AUGGGAGCAGAUUCAGAAACCAGCAGUGGUAUGUCGUUGAGAGUUGUCAUGUUGGGGAGGGGUGCGAGAUUUCUGUCAAUACUUCCCUUGUCGAGGCUUGCCACCGGGUCAGUAGCCAUUGCUGGAAGGUCAUACUGCUUGGCAGGGUCAGUCGCUACGUUGGUUGUGGUAGCCGCUUCGGCUGGCAGAGUCGACUCGGCUGGCGGAGUCGACUCGGCUGGCGAGGUUAUCUCGGCUGGCGGAAGAGUAGCCGCUGUUGGGAAAUUCGUCCCGGCCGGCACAAAAGCAGAGUCAUUUGUGGGAGGGAGGAAACGAGUUGGCGGUAGUUCGGCUACUGGCUCCUCCAGCUCGAUGUCUUCCCCGUUCAUGAUUCAUCGUGCUAACUCUUCUGCUUGUUUCGCCUUCUGGGAACGAGUAAGGAUGUGA